AUGGUGGCUGUAUGCAAUGACGCCGUCUUCACUCCAGUCUCCGACUGUCGCUUUUUCGACUUCACUGUCACCUUUUCCAACCUCAUCCUUGUCGUCCUGCCUUCCAGCAUCGCCAUCUUGCUCAUCGCCGCUAGACUAGUGCAUGUUUGCAACAAGCCCGGCAUCCUCACCUCUACGGCACAGCCCCGUUUAUCCCUUUUAGUAUCAUGUACUCCUCAUCCAGAUGCCAUCAGUCUCUUCGGCACAUUCUUCUAUGUCUCCAAUUCUCUCCUCAGCCUUGUGCUCAUCGCCAUACUAUCUGUGCCUACGUCGCAACCGCUGCGCCAUGCGUUGGGCGACAGCACGGGAAUGUCCAGUGUGGUGCUGCCUUUUAUUGUGGCGCUGCUUGCCAUCCCGCUUUCGGUUGCUGAACGAAGAAAGACACGCGGUGGUAACAUGGUGCUCCCUCUCUGGCUCCUCCUGACCUUGCUCUUCGAUGCCUGUCGCAUUCGCACCUUCAACGCGAUUCCAGCCAUACAUCACUCUUCUUUCUUUCCCGUAUACAUCACGACAUUUGCCUGUAAGGCUUUGAUGCUCACCGUCGAGAACGCAAAGGGUAUUCGCGACAUCGACCUCAACUCGACGCACGAGUCACGUGCAAGCUUUUUCUCGCGCCUCUUGUUCAUCUGGGUCUUUCCUCUUCUGUGGAAUGGCUUCCACAAACCGCUUGAGAUGGACGAUCUCGACUCGCUCAAACCAGAAUUUUAUGGUCGCUCUCUCGCUAAAAGCUUUAUUGCUAGCUGGUCCAACGUCCCAUUCGAUUUGGCACAUGGCCGUACCGUUUCUGAAGAGCCUAGUGAAAGCGCUAGCCUGGACCUCAAACACAGUACCUCGCGCUCCGCCAUUGAGGCGUAUCCUCUGGAAAAACAUACUUCGAAACAAAAAACUCGCUCAGUACUGUCCCCUGAACAUGCGCUGCUUUACAACGGCAGGUCGUUCCCAAAAGCAAAUGCCAACCGUGGUCUGUUGUGGGCCACGCUUCGCGCUUUUCCUCUCGCUGCUCUCCUUCCUGUCCCUUGGAAGCUCUUGCUCACCGCUGCAGAGCUUGCACAGCCUCUGCUGGUUUCCACCACGCUUGCUUUCGUCCAGUCCUACUCUGACGCCGCGAAAGGCGAAAGUGCCGCCACCCAGCCGGUAGCAUAUGGCUGGGGUCUUGUGGGCGCCUACGCCUUUGUCUACCUCGGUCAAACGUUCGCCACUGGGCAAUAUUGGCAUGCCAGUUCGCAGCUCAUGUGCAAAAUCAGGGGCGCCUAUGUCGAAUCCAUCUAUCGCAAAGGCUUGAACUUGCAUAUUCGGACCGCACGAACUAGUGGCGGUGGCAAAGCUGCCAACCUCAUGAGUGUCGAUAGCGAGCGUGUCGUCAAGGCCAUCACUGUUGUUCACGAUCUCUGGAGCGGUGUUAUCACCAUCGCUAUCGGAGUCUACAUGCUCUACACCCAGCUCGGUCUCGUCUUCUUGGCUUCAAUGGUCUCGGUCUUCAGCUGCCUUCUGCUCACUCCGCUCGCCAGUCGUGGUCUUGGGACAAAGCAGGGCGCCUGGAGUGAACUGACAGACAAGCGUGUCAACCUCACAUCCAGUAUCUGUUCCGACAUUCGAGGCGUCAAAUUCUCCGCGUAUGAGGACUUGCUGGCUGCCAAGGUCCAAAAACUCCGUGCCGAGGAGCUGGUCAGGCGUAGCGGCCUGAUGAAACAACUCACAGGCGUGGUCGUCUUUACAAACUGCACUGGUGAGCUCUUGGGCCUGUCAACAUUCGUGACGCUCAUCAUGGUCGACAAACUGAGCGGCUCCAAUCGGUUCGACCUCAACACAGUCUUCACUACUCUUACCAUUUUCGGUAUUUUGCAAUCUCCCCUGCUUAACAUUGGACAACAGUAUAGCUUCCUCUUACAAGCUCGGGCAAGCAUGAUCCGCAUCGAAGCGUUCCUCAACGGCCAAGAUAAGCCUGACAUCCAAGACGCCGUCGAUCAGGGUCUCGCCAGUCAGGCCGCUCAUGCCAGCACCGGGGCUACCACACAUGGGCAUGCUGCUACGUUUGUCAAUGCCGAUUUGGGUUGGUCACAAGAGGUAGUGCUUGCAAACGUCAAUCUCAAGAUCCCGGCUGGCGCCCUCACCAUGAUCUGUGGUCGAUUGGGCCAGGGCAAAUCGACGUUGUUACAGGCGAUUCUCGGCGAGUCGGAUCUGAUCAAGGGCACACAACAGCUACCUCUUCUCGCCGAUCGUGUUGCCUAUGUCAGUCAAGAUGUGUGGCUGCAAGAGAACAGAUCGAUUCGCGAAAAUAUCAUCUUUGCCACAGGCGAGUACGAUGAAGAGCGGUACGUCACUGCACUCCGUACCUGCGCUCUCACUGAAGAUAUUGACGGCUUACAAGGGGGUGAUGCUACUCCGGCGAGCGCGCUUAGCGGCGGUCAGCGACAGCGCGUUGCGGUAGCUCGAGCCGUCUACAGUGAUGCUGAGGUUUUCCUUUUCGAUGACAUCACCAGCGCCCUCGAUGCAGAGACGGCUGCGCACAUGUGGCGAUCUCUGAUGGGCCCCUCUGGUGUUUUGCAAGGCAAGACAGUUGUCAUGGCCACCAACGCUGUUCACCUUCUCCAUCACGCGCAGCUGAUCGUCCGAAUCGACGGAGGCAAGAUUGCCGAGCAGGGUCGUUAUGAGGAGCUCUCGAUGAAGGGCAAAGAUGCGAUCUCGCGUGCAAGCCUCGACUCUCAGCGGGCAACGCCUUUGACCGACCAGACGAGAAACAAGCCGGUCAAGAACGCCGUUCCGGAAAAGACCGAAACCGUCAUGACAGGCGCGGUUGGAUGGAGAGUAUACGCCAAUUGGUUCAAAGCCGCGGGUCUCGGAAAGGUCAGCAUCUUUGUUGUAUUAUGUGUUGCCGGUUCUGGAGCUUCCUUGGCGCCGUCAUACUACCUGCAAGCAUGGGCCGAAGCUCAACAAAGACAUCGCUUCCGGGACUGGGGUGGUUGGCUGGCAGGCUAUGCUUGUCUGAUUCCACUGAACCCUAUCUUCCUGGCUGUGGGUUUUUGGAUGUUUCAAACCAGCUGCGCAGAGUCGGCAGGCAACAGGCUUCAUGCUGCUCAGCUCAAGGGGGUGCUUUCAGCACCUUUGUCGUUCUUCAGCAAGUGGAGCCCAGGCCAGAUCAUCAAUCGCUUCUCGCAAGAUCUGUUCAACAUUGAUCAGACCUUCACACAGGCUCUCGUAAACGCGGCGUACAUCACAUUUUCAGUGGUUGGCGCACUGGUCACCAUGGUGAUACCAGCGCCUUACUUGUCUGUGCUAGCAGUGGGAUUGAUUGCUCUUUCGUGGGCUUUGCAGCGCCUCUACAUCCCUUCAAGUCGCCAGCUGAGGAGACUAGAGAUGUCAUGCAAGAGCCCGCUCUACUCGCUCUUCUCUGAAACAUCCUCUCCAUCAGGCCUGGCGACGGUGCGAGGGCUCAAGCGCGAAGCAUCUCUGCUGGAGCUCAACACUCGAUCUCUGGAUCUGUCGCAAACGCCUUACUACCACUUGUUUGCGGUACGACGUUGGCUACAGACGUGGCUGCUGAUGCUGACCACCAUCAUCAAUGUGGUUCUAGUACUGAUUGUGGUAGCGAUGCGCCACUCGUCGCAGGCUGGUCUGCUCGGUGUUGCGUUAGUGCAAGCGACUCAAAUCGGUGAAUUGCUGAAUCACACUGUGAUCAGCUACACUGAGGUAGAGAUUGCUGGUGUGGCAUUGGAGCGCGUGCGCGAAUUUAGCGAACUCGAGCCUGAAGCGGAUGCCGCCGUAUUUACGAGCCAGAAAAACAAGCAAGACGACAAUGCUACCAUCGAGCCAGCUGCAAUCCAAGGCGACAUCGAGUUCGACCGCGUCACUGUGUCCUACUCUGCCGAGCUCGAGCCUGCAGUCAAGGAGCUCAGCUUCAACCUGGCUGCCGGCAAGCGCCUCGGGCUGGUAGGACGAUCGGGGAGUGGAAAAAGUACGACGCUGCUUGCGCUCUUUCGCAUGAUCGAGAUGCGAUCGGGCACGAUUCGAAUCGAUGGUCAGAGUAUAUCUACCAUCCCAGCGCGCCAGCUUCGCUCACAGAUGACCAUCGUUCCCCAGAACCCUUUGGUGUUAGCGGCUACGAUUCGCGAAAACUUGGAUCCAGAAGGCAUUUGCACGGAAGCUGAGCUGUGGGAUGCACUUCAUAAGUGUCACUUGGGCGAAUUUGUCAAAAAGCAGGAGAACAAGUUGGACGAGAUGCUACUCACGGGUGAAUCGUUCAUCAGCUCGGGUCAAAAACAGUUGCUCUCGCUGGCACGAGCCUUGCUCCGAAAGCGUAGCAUCUUAGUACUGGACGAAGCGACGAGUGCGAUGGAUGUGGACACCGAUGCGGCGGUUCAGAGCGUGCUGGCCAAGCACUUCGCGAACACUACCGUCAUUGCUGUUGCUCACAGGAUCGCAACGGUCAUUGACUUUGACCAGAUUAUCUGCAUGUCGGCUGGUCGUGCCAUCGAGUUGGGCAGCCCCGGGGAGCUUCUCAAGCAGCGCGGCGAAUUCUGGGCGCUGGCUGCCGAGCAGAAAUGUGUGUGA